GACUCGCGCUUACCUGCACAGCCACUCGACACAUAACCGGUCUUAUUACCUAAGCUGCGUCCUGCCUAUAAAUUUUUGCAUGUCGAACUCUGGGGGAAGAUUUGCACCUUACAGAAAUGCCCUCACCGCGGUUUCUGGGAGGACAGGAACACCGCUACCUUCUCUCAUAAUCUCCUUUGCCAUCCUGCAUGAGUUGACUGCCAUCGUUCCCAUCGUGGGCAUUUUUUACACGGCACGCAGUCUAAACGGCGAGCAAUGGGCUGGUCGCGUUGGACGUCGAUAUGGCAUCUUCGGCUUUGAGAAAGGCAAGGUUGUGGACCAGACCCAGACGAGCGAGUUGUCUGGUAAGCUAGCGGGGGACGUUGCUAAUGCCGUUCUGGCUUACGGUGCAGUCAAGGCACUUUUACCCGUCCGCAUUGGACUUUCGUUAUAUCUUUCUCCAAUGUUCUCUCGGACAGUUGUAGAGCCGAUUCGAUUGGGUGGCCUUCGUCUAUUAGGACGCAGACCGACAUCAAUGUAAAAGGUUAUCGUGAUAUAAACGGCACAUUCCUACUAGUAAUGAGCAUACCCUUUUGUCACUUAAAAGUCGUCUUAUAUAAUGCUCAUUUCAUUUCCCCCGAUGUGUUUGAACGAUAUUUUUUCCUCCCAGUCAAAUUGGCUCUU